AUGCCUACUCCCGGUCUUCUCUACGUCACCAUGCAGCCCAAGAGCUCGCUGCCAGACAGUCAAUUCCAUGACUGGUAUAACACAGAACAUGGACCUUUGCGUUUACGAUUGCCCUUCGUCACCAAUGGCUUUCGCUUCCGUGCGACCGAUGGCGAGCAGCCCGAGUAUGUGGCUUUGUACGAUAUUACCGAUAUGGACGAGUUAACCCGCAAGACCUACUUGGACCUGAGAACCGACCUGAUCAAGACCGACCGGGAGAAAAAGACCAUGGCCCAAAUUGACGUGGGCCGUUUUUUGUAUGAUCUGGUGGAUGAGCGCAGCAGUCCCGACUUUCGCCCGUUGGAAGAUCGAGCCGACACAGAUGCCGAGACCCGGGGCAGCGUUCUCAUCGCCGUCCGGGUGGCCACCCACCCGGAUCCCGCCAAACAAGCCGAUUUGGACAAAUGGUACCGCGAAGAACAUUUCGAGAUGCUCUCCCGCGUACCUGGAUGGCGUCGGAGUCGCCGUUUUGUCACUGCGGCAAUUGAUUCCGCCCCACGGGAAUCGCUAACCCUCUACGAGUAUGCUCCCGUCAAUGGGUUGGGAGGCGAUGCCCACAAGGCCGCCAUGAAUACACCAUGGGGAUCGCGUCUCAUGAGCGAGGUAGUCACCUCGAAGAAACGUCGUGUUUAUGAGUGGUACUACACCUUUGGUCCGGCUCCCCGUGAGCUCACUGCGUUGGCUGCCCCAGAUGUUGUAGGACCUUGGAACUCCAACGAUGGUCGCACCCGUACAUUCCCCUCACCUUCCCGUCCGGCAGUCGAGUCCUUCGUCACUACAUCUGAUGGUGUUGAACUCCCUUACCGGUUGGAAGGUAGCACCGACCCCUAUGCGCCUGUCGUCGUGCUCAGCAACUCCAUCCUAGUCAACUGGAACAUCUGGGAUCGUUUCGUUGACGCCUUCUUCGCUCAAAAGCAGAACCAGCGCUACCGUGUCCUGCGGUAUCUGACCCGAGGCCGCCGCUCGGAGAGCGGCGAGCAGCCUGUCAAUAUUGACGUGCUAGCUUCUGAUCUGGCUACGCUGCUGGAAGCUCUGCGCGUGCCCCCCAAGGCCGCACGUGUCAUCGGCGUCAGUCUGGGUGGUGUAACCGCCCUGAAUACUUCUCUCCUCUACCCCGAGCGCGUUGGAGCGUUCAUCGCAUGCGACACAAACUCCUCCGCCCCGGAGUCCAACCGCAAGGCAUGGGGUGACCGUGUGGCCAUUUGCGAGAAAGAAGGGUCGGUCGAUCCGGAAACCAAGGAGCCCAUCGUCGGAGAGGAGCUGGCGGAGGUCACUACUCGUCGAUGGUUCGUGCCCGAGUCAUACGAGACCCAGCCCGAGGUCCUCGCGCGCGUCAAGGAAGCUGUGCGCAUCAACAGCUUGAAGGGAUUUGCCCAUAGCGUGCAAGCCCUUUGUGCAUACGAUAUCCGCGAACGCAUGGCCUCGGCCACUGUGCCGGGUUUGUUCGUAGCUGGAGCUCACGAUGGUGUCUUGCCGCAGACAAUGCAGAAGAUGGCGGAUGAUCUGCGUGGUGGCGCCGAGCUCAAGAUCAUCGAGCGUGCAGGCCAUCUUCCCAUGGUGGAGCAGCCUGUGGCAUUUGCAAAAGUUGUGACUGAGUUCUUGAGCAAGAUAGAUGGUUGA